UUAUUUAGUCAUCUCAUCUCAUUAUGUGCUUUUCCAAGUAAUGUUGUAAGAUUACAUUGUUUUUGUAGUUGUAUUGUCUCAUAUAUGUGGCAUCUUACAAUACGUUUUUUUAAGCAAUACUUGGUUUCAUUAAUGGUCAUCCAACUUAUAUAAGUCUGAUAUUACACAUAUUUUCUAAGGAUACUGCAUGUGGAUUGACUGUCAUAUAUAGUCCUUAUAAGUUAACAAAUCAUGUAAAUUACUCAAUAUAAAUUUACUAUGGAUAUUGUAUCCAGUCAAUAAUUGUUUGACGGUCAUAUGUAUUACUUACAAUUUUCAGUAUUACUUACAAAUUUCAGAUACAAAUUUUAUAAAAAUGUAUCUACAUCUUUUCCAUAUGGGGUGGCCCUGAAGAUCAAAGCAACAAAACCAACAAUUCAGACGACACAACAGUAUAUAUACAUUAUAUAGUGAAGGCAGGCUUUACUACCUUGCCAUGUUUUGAUUAAUUUGUGUGCAUAAGGUCAGUGUAUAUACACACAGCCAUGACAACAGACAGGCAUAAAGUGCACUGUACCUACUUCAAAUAUCAGUGUUCAGCUGAUUAUUAGACAGCAAGGCAACAUUAAGGUAUUUUAUUAUAUUAAUUAAAUAGCCUACAUAAUACAUUAAAAGUUAUGUCGGCUGAAAUGUUGUUGUGUUUUGACCUUUGAGGCCAACGUAGCUAUUAAACAAAUGGAAGAAUGAACUGGCACGAAAUGAAAAUUCUCAAGUAAAGUUGUCAAGAACACAUGAUUAAGUCAGGUGUUGGUGUUGGUGGUUUCUUUCUGUCCAGAGCCCACAAAAUCCGGACGCUGCUUUGGUCCGUCCUGUCAGCUGGCCGUUUACCGGUAGUAUGACUGUGCCCUGGCUUUGCGCAUCCUAAAAAUAUCCCUCACCAAGUACGCGGAUCAAAGGGGGCAGCAACACCGCCACGAAUCCCGCCCCGGCAUUUAACCUAAAGCCUCUGAGAGGAGGAGCGUGCAGAGAGCAGAGGGCCCGCGACAUCCAGAGCUGUGCAGAGGAGAGAGAGGCUGGCUCGGGUUUCAGAGACGCGCACUGACGAGUGACCUGCUGCACACACUCAGAUCGUUCCGAGGAGAAGCUGCGAAUGGGACAAACGGAGCGGGACGCAGAGGAAUCACAGUCCGUCCCAGUGAACCAGAAACAUCACUGACUGCCUAAUGACCACAGACACAAUGUCUCGUACUUGAACUUUACUGUAGUUGCUCAUCUGAGUGCAGCAGGGUAGUUUGGAGACAGUUUGAAGAGGAGAAAAGACAUCUGCCAAACUUUUCCCCAGCAGAGAAAGACAUCCGUUCAUCAGCUCCAGAGCUACGGAUCGUCAGGAGGCCUCCUCUGCUCAUUUUCACUAAAUGAAAAUAGGGAUUUCCGUGUGGAUACAACAAAAGCUAAAUGUCUAAAAUGGAUCGGAAGUGGGGAGUCACUGGAAAAGCGGCUGAGGAGUGGAGGAGUGACGGCGAGCAGCAACAGCAGCCUUCAAAUCAGCCUCUGUGGAGAAACUGGAGAGAUUUGUCCGGCGUAACGGUCUGCAUGGCACUGUGCGUCCUAUGCCUUGGAGUUUGCAUUGUGGUUUUUGUGCGCGCUUCGGAGCUACAGUCCAGGAUAGUAAGUCUGGAGCAGCAGCAGCGGGACGCGCAGCUGUCCGCGUGGAGGGAUGUCACUGGAGCAGGUGGAGCCCAUUAUCCUGGGCCGCCUGGACCAGAUUCUGGAGGAGAAGCUCGCAGUCCAUCUACCGAAGACACGAGAGGUGAGGGAAGCUCCUCUCGGCUGCUUGUGUCCUCCAGGACCUCCAGGAGCACCAGGCGAGCCAGGUCUGUCUAUCAUUGGACCAAGAGGACCUCCUGGACAACCUGGAACAAGAGGAUUUCCAGGCUUUCCAGGUCCAAUUGGGUUGGAUGGCAAGCCUGGACAGAAUGGACUGAAGGGAGACGUGGGUCAGCGAGGUCCUAAAGGACAGCCAGGGGAACCUGGACCCAAAGGGGAGAAGGGCGUAUGUGGAGACUACACACACCGGGGCCUCUUUGUACAGGAUCUUCCAUUGAAAACCCUGGCUGCCUUGCGCUCCAGUCAGGCUCUGAUGUUGAAGGGUGAACCUGGAGUGCAGGGACCCCCAGGACCCCCAGGACCACCCGGACUCCCAGGAACCCCUGGCUUGAAUGGAGCCAAUGGCUCACCGGGUAAGCCUGGUGAGCCAGGCAAACCAGGAAAAGACCCAAGGCUUUUACCAGGACUGAAGGGUGAGCCAGGUGUGCCAGGACAAAAGGGUGAUCAAGGCGAUGUAGGCCCACCAGGUCCUGAAGGCCCAAAGGGAGUUAAAGGUGACCAAGGAAUUAAGGGAGAUGAAGGAAAUCUGGGUUUCCCAGGAGAGAGGGGAGAAAAGGGAGAACCAGGUUUCCCAGGCACUCCUGGGUUAAAGGGCCAGGCUGGCAUCCCUGGUACCCCUGGCAUCCCUGGCAAGAGGGGCUACAGGGGGGAAGCAGGUCCUGAAGGCCCAGCUGGACCAAGAGGUCCUCCAGGCCCAACUGGGGAGCCAGGAAAGGCUGAAAUCCACAAUAAUGAAAAUGAUAUUCGCAACAUACCCCUGAUGGGUCCCCCUGGAUUACCUGGACCUCCAGGGCCCCCUGGCCUCCCUGGUGCCAAGGGUGAAGUUGGUUUACCAGGUCCACCAGGACUGGACGGUGAGAAGGGACCCAGAGGGAAGCCUGGAGAGCCUGGUCCUGCAGGCCCAUCUGGCCCUGAAGGUCCUAGAGGGGAGGGUGGUGUCAUGGGCUUCCCUGGACCCAAGGGAGACAAGGGAGACAUGGGUCCAUCCGGAUCACCUGGUUUAGAUGGCCCUACGGGUGAAAAGGGGGCUACAGGGGCCCCAGGCCCUAUUGGAUUACCUGGCACAAUGGGUCCUAAAGGCGAAUCUGGAGAAGGAGCGAGGUCAGAAAUGAUCUAUGGUCCUCCAGGGCCCCCCGGACCUCCAGGACCAGUUGGCCCAGCAGGAUCUCAAGGACCUUCAGGGCCUAAGGGAGAGCCAGGCAUUGGCAUCAGAGGAGAGAAGGGAGCAACAGGUCAGAAGGGUGACAAAGGAGACAGAGGCCAUCUUGGACUCCCUGGGGCUCAUGGGUUAGACGGCAGACCGGGUCCAGUGGGUCUAAUAGGACCAGCAGGUGUACCAGGGCCAGCAGGACCAAAAGGAGAGAGAGGUGGAAAGGGAGACAUAGGAUUACCAGGACCAACUGGGCCUCAAGGCAUCCCUGGUUUAGUAGGACCACAAGGACUCAAAGGGAACCGGGGAGAGAGGGGCAAGAAAGGCAACAGGGGGGCCAAAGGGGAUAAGGGAGACCAAGGAGCACCUGGAUUAGAUGCCCCCUGUCCAUUGGGUUUCCGAGGCUUUAAAGGAGAGAAAGGUGAACCAGGCUUGCCAGGCCUGGACGGGCUGGAUGCCCCUUGCCCUGUGGGGGACGAUGGCUUACCUGUACCAGGCUGUUGGAAUAAAUGACAAUAACUUUGGAAUGGCUGAUGUGAUUGUACAUAGGAUAUUUAUUUUUUUACUUUUUCCCUAAUCUGUUACACGUAGAAAAAAAAAUUAAAUCCUAAAAAGAAAUCGCAAAAUGUUUGUACAGAUUGUUUAAUACGUAUGAUAGUGCUUACGUAUUUGCUUUUUAUAUCUAUGCAUUAUUUUAAUAUGAUUGGACAAGUAAAAAUUAUAAUUUUUCUACAUAUGCAUGAUAUUUGUGCAUAAUGUGAAGUGGAUAAUGUUUAUUAACUUAUUGCAUUAAGCUGUUUUGUUCUCUUGUAAUAGACCAUGCUGCACUGACUUGUGGGGCUGGAAAGACUGUGUUAGAAUUUGGAAAGUCUUCGUUGAACUCUCCUCUUUGUGAAAACAAAAAUGGCUGAGCAGUGCUAGUUUCACGUUUACUAAAUGUUAAUGGAGUGACAGAAAGCUCUUUUAAGUCUGCGCUUUGAAUUUUUGGUCAUGUGCUCAUAUUGUACUGAUGAACAAAUAGACUUAAAUUAUAUCAGAUGUAGGGCUGUCACCACACUAAGAGAUUUCAGUCCAUUAGUUUCGGUUCAGAAGAUAUUUUGAUAAAUAAUGGCCAGACUGACAUGAACUGAUAAUAUACAGGAAUGUGCAUAAUGUAAUGUAAUAACUACAAAUACUGUAAUUCUUAAAAAAGGAAUAAAAUUGAUACCCAUAGCAUAGUAACAUUUUGUGUAGAAUUUAAUGUACUACUGUACAUGACAUUUUUUGAUUGUUAUUGCUAUGGAGCCCAUAAGUGACAAAGGGCAGUAAAAUCAAAUAGGUCGAAAAUAUAACUGUAUAUGUUUGUUAAUCAUGCCAUUAGCUAAAUAGAUGAAAUGUGUAAAAAGAAAUAUGAAGCUUUGAGCUUUCUUCAACUUCCAAUUAGAAUGAUAGGCAAAGUAAAAGUACAAAAAAAAGUUCUUUUUUGUCCUUCUUCUUCUUUUACUGGUUUAAGGUUAAAUAUAUGAUAACUGUUUCACUAUGUGCUAUAGCAAGAACAAACAUACCAACAGACAUGGGUUUGCUCUAAAGCUAGCUUUGGCAAUACUGACAAAUUUGCCAGUAUUAAGUUAUUGCAGAUGUAUUAGUGUCUGUGUAUGUGUCGGUUGAUAAAUAAUAAGUAAUUGGUGCACUGAAAUACCAAACUAGGUUUGAGGUAAUAUAGAAAUACUUUCAGUAUCACAUAGUUUAUUUUUACCAUAUAAAAUGUCCCACUUCAUGUUAGGGUUGGUUGUUUGCAUUUUGUAUUUAGGUUGAAAAUAAAAUGGCUGUUGGCCAACAUAUUGUUGUCAGAUUUCUCCCAAAUCUUGAUAUCUGUAUUGGCCUCAAAUGUUAAGUAUCACUGGAGCUAUCACACAGAAGAACUUUAUUACAUUAUGCAUUCAACACUUUUUUUUAUACAUUAUGGGAAUAUUUAUUGUGUAUUACAAUACAUUAAAAUCAUAAUUUUCCACAAAUCUUUGGGUCAAAAACAACCAUCAAGUCAAAAUGAGAUGGUGAUUUAUGAUGGAUGGUUCCGUUAAAGCUAUAAUCAAAUCCAACCUUCACUGUAUACAAAGAAUAUUUAAAAUACUGCAGAAACCUGCUAAUGAGUACACUGCCCUGAACUUUGCUGUGCAUGUCAUUCUCCCCUGGGGGAUUAACCCUUUUCAUUUUGGAUAAUCCAUGAGUGUUCUUGUAGCCUCAGGACAAAUUUAAACUGUAAAUGCUUCAUGAAAAAAUAUAUUUGUUGUUCUCAAGUACAUGCAGGUGUGACUGGUAUCUUGAACUGAAAAUUCCAACAGUCAUUACAUCCACACAACAUUAUGCCAGUUGGUGUGUUCAUCAGUCAUUAAGGGACGGCCAUAAAUUCUGUGUCUGUUAAUGAGGAAAGUAUCCCAGACAAUCACAUUUUGCUGUCAACAUUUGUGUCAGAACUUGUGUCAUUGAGGAGGGUGUCAACCAAGAUCUCUUAACCAUUUGAAGUUUUAAAGUUCUGGCAUGAAAUGUUUAAUUUUACAGCAGGGAAACAGCUCAGUUUUUUUUAGCUACUUGUAUAUUCCUUCUGGUUUCAGUUCAAUGUAAAUAGUUUUGGCAAAUUUUGUGGGCAGCCACUUCCUGCUUUAUGACUAUCAGGCUCUGUGUAUUAACUGUAGUGUUUGUAGAUUGUUUAUCUGCUUUCUAAUAUGAGGCAUAGUAUACAGCCCGUAUUUUUGGAUGGAAAUAUUGCUGCUCACCUCUAAGGCAUACUGCUGCAACUGUCACAUUGUCUGAUCCUCUUAUGAAGAAAGCUGUAACCUGCUCAGACAAUGGAUUUUUUUUUAAAUUAAGAACUAUAGAACAUUUUUAUCCACAAGCAUUUUAUAGAGUAACUGUACUCAUUAAGCUAACCUCAUUAACUUUACCAAGUGACUCCAUGUUGAAGAAAUGGAUGGGCUGACCUGAUUGAAGCUUGAUCCAUUAUAUGCUGCUGCCUUUGGAAUAACCUUUGUGUUUCGCUUGCCUGGAUAUUAACAGCCAUGAAAGAUUGUUAUUGGAUCCUUGACAGUAAUAAAGUAUUCAUCAUGUGCUGUUGGUGCACGGUACCUCACACUAAUCCGUGCCUUAGUCACCAUAUUGAUGCUGCCGUAUUGAUCAUUAAUACAUUAAUUAAGUCCAGAUAUAUUUUCUAAAAUAUUGAAAAUGUUGAUUGUGUUCAAAGUGACUAUAAUAAUUAAAAAAACAUUUUUAAG